AUGAAUAAUUUAUAAUUGACUCCAGAAGAAGAUCAAUAUUUUAGACAACUUUGGAGCACUCUUGAUCCUUAAGUAAAUAAAAGAAAUAACUCUUUAGGGUAUUGGAAGCACUAAUGCCAAAGACACAAUUUAAUUUUUCAAAAGAAGUCAAUUACCAUCUGAUAAACUAAAAGCUAUUUGGUUGAUGGCUGUUUCAAAUAAUGAAAACAAAUUAUACCUUUAGGAAUUUCUAAUCAUUAUGAAAUUGAUAGCGUAUUGUCAAAACGGAUUUGAAUUGAAUCCUUCACUAUUAAUGGAAAAUUAAUACGUUCGUUUACCAGUGAUAGAUGGAUUACUACUUCCUUAAUAGCCAUCUCCAUCUCUGGGAGCUUAUUAAUAAAUGCCCAUGGCUCAAAUGUAUCAAACAGCUCCUGUUCUAAAUUAACAAUAAUAUAAACCACCUUCUGAUAUUACAAAUCAAUUUGAUAUUAGUAAUGAACUUUAUGAUAAAUACAGUUUACAUUAUUAAUAAUAAGAUAGAAAGAAUUAAGGGUAUAUUGAGGGUGAAUCUGCAAAAGCAAUCUUUUAUAAAUCUGAAUUAUCUAAUGAAAUAUUAAAAGAAUUAUGGGCACUAGUUGAUACAAAUUAAAAAGGAUUCCUAUUUAAAAAUGAAUAUAUUGUAGCCAUUCAUUUAAUUGCUUUAUGUAGAAAAAAUAUUCCAUUACCUCAAUAUUUACCUGAUUCUCUUUAAAGAUUAAUUGCCCAAAGCUAACCUCAAUAAUCAAUUAUAAUUAAAGAUAUCAAAGUAUAAUAUGAUACUCCAUAAAUCUCACAAUCAAAUAAUUGUAGAGUAUAAUCAGGUUAAUAAGUUUAGAAUUAAUAGAAUAAUGAAUUACAGACAUUAACUAUGCAAUAAUAAUAGCUUUAAAAUCAAUUAAAUUAAUUAGUUAUGUAAUUUUAAAAUAAUUCUAAUAAUAAUGCUUAAAAACAAUUGAUUUAAUAAAAAGAGAAUGAUAUAGAAUUUUUAAUUUAAUAAAUGAAUAAAUUAUAAUUAAUUUUUAAUAGUUUGAAAUAAUAAGAAUAAGAACUACAAACAGAAAUACAAAAAUUAUAAACUAAACCUUAAAUUUAAAAACCAACUACUCAAUAACAUUAAUAGAUUAAUUAUUCAUAAUCAAUGUAUUAAGCAUAACAAUAAAUUCCAUAGUAUAAUGAGAUCCUAAAUAUACCUCAUAAUUAAAAUAUUAGCAGCACUAACUACCCCUCUUUAUCAAUUGAUAAUCUAAAUCAUUAAGGUAUUUAUUAGUUAAAAGAUGGAUAUGAAAAUUAUUAAAAUUAGAAUACUGGAAAUUAGGAUAUACCAUGGUGA